GGCGCGAGGCCGGCGGCGGCGCGGAGGAGAGGCGGGCCCGGGUCUUCCCGGCAGUGCAGGUAGCUGCAGCCAGAAGAUGGAACCUCUGCCAUUUGCAAGCAUGUUGUCUCUCGUUUUCUCGCUGGUGACCGUCUUAGCUGUGUCUUCUCCUUCAUGGUGUUGGCGCGGUGAAGCCGCAUCUCCAAAAGCUAGUCGUGGGACUCCAUUCCCUUGGGAUAAAAUGCGACUUCCUGAGCAUGUCACCCCAGUUCAUUAUGAUCUCACGAUCCAUGCCAACCUCAGCACUCUGACUUUCUGGGGAACCACGGAAGUGGACAUCAUGGCCAGCCAGCCCACCAGUGCCAUCAUCAUGCACAGUCACCACCUGCAGAUAACCAAGGCCACCCUCAGGAGAGGAGCCGGCGCAGGGCUGGCUGAAGAGGCGCUGACGGUCCUGGAGAACGCCCCUCGGGAGCAGGUCGCGCUGCUGACUCCCGAGCCACUCCUAGCUGGGGCCCUGUACACCGUUGUCAUCCACUACGCUGCCAACCUGUCCGAAAACUUCCACGGGUUUUACAAAAGCACCUACAGGAGCAAGGACGGGGAAGUGAGGAUACUUGCAUCGACACAGUUUGAACCCACGGCUGCUAGAACCGCCUUCCCCUGCUUUGAUGAGCCUGCCCUGAAGGCGACUUUCUCAAUCAAGAUCAGAAGGGAGCCAAGGCACACAGCCAUCUCCAACAUGCCCCUGGUGAAAUCAGUGGCUGUCGCUGAAGGGCUCCUAGAAGACCACUUUGAUGUGACUGUGAAGAUGAGCACUUACCUGGUGGCCUUCAUCAUUUCUGACUUUGAGUCUGUCAGCAAGAUGACUAAGAGCGGAGUCAAGAUUUCCGUGUAUGCUGUGCCAGAUAAAUUAAACCAAGCAGACUAUGCUCUGGAUGCCGCAGUGACUCUUCUGGAGUUUUACGAGGAUUAUUUCAGCAUCCCAUAUCCUUUACCCAAACAAGAUCUUGCUGCAAUUCCCGAUUUUCAGUCUGGUGCUAUGGAGAACUGGGGCCUGACCACAUACCGAGAAUCCGCUCUGUUGUUUGACAAAGAGGAGGCUUCUGCGUCCAGUAAGCUAGGCAUCACGAUGACUGUGUCCCAUGAACUCGCCCACCAGUGGUUUGGGAAUCUGGUCACCAUGGAAUGGUGGAAUGACCUUUGGCUCAAUGAAGGGUUUGCCAAGUUUAUGGAGUUCGUGUCUGUCAGUGUGACCCAUCCCGAACUCAAAGUUGAAGAGUAUUUCUUUGGCAAGUGUUUUAAUGCGAUGGAGGUCGAUGCAUUGAAUUCCUCACAUCCUGUGUCCUCACCUGUGGAGAAUCCUACUCAGAUUCGGGAGAUGUUUGAUGAGGUUUCUUAUGAAAAGGGAGCUUGUAUUCUGAAUAUGCUAAGAGAUUAUCUGAGUGCCGAUGCAUUUAAAAGUGGCAUUGUGCAGUAUCUCCGUCAGUACAGCUAUAAAAAUGCAAAAAAUGAGGACCUGUGGAACAGCAUAGCCAGUAUUUGCCCCACAGAUGGCAUGGAAAUGGUAGAGGGCUUUUGCUCUAGAAGCCAACACUCGUCUUCAUCCUCGCACUGGCGUCAGGAUGCUGUGGAUGUGAAAACCAUGAUGGGCACGUGGACGCUGCAGAAGGGCUUCCCCCUGAUUACCGUCACCGUGAGAGGACGCAGCGUGCUCAUGAAGCAGGAGCGCUUCAUGAAGGGGUCUGACGGCGCCUCCGAGUCCGGGUACCUGUGGCAUGUUCCAUUGACAUACAUUACUAGCAAGUCUGACUCAGUUCAGAGAUUUUUGCUGAAGACAAAGACAGAUGUGCUCAUCCUCCCAGAAGAGGUGGAAUGGAUCAAAUUUAACGUGGGCAUGAACGGCUAUUACAUUGUGCAUUAUGAGGACAAUGGAUGGGAUUCCUUGACUGACCUUUUAAAAGGAGCACACACCGCCAUCAGCAGUAAUGAUCGGGCGAGUCUCAUUAACAAUGCAUUUCAGCUUGUCAGCAUUGGAAAGCUGUCGAUUGAGAAAGCCUUGGAUUUAACCCUGUACUUGGAACAUGAAACUGAAAUAAUGCCCGUGUUCCAGGGAUUGAAUGAGCUCAUACCUAUGUAUAAGUUAAUGGAGAAAAGAGAUAUGAAGGAGGUGGAAACUGCAUUCAAGGCCUUCCUCCUCAGGCUGCUGAAGAAGCUCAUUGAUAAGCAGGUGUGGGCCAAUGAGGGCUCCAUGUCAGAGAGGAUGCUGAGGAGCCGGCUCCUCCUCCUUGCCUGUGUGCGCAACUAUGAGCCCUGUGUGCAGAGAGCACAAGGCUAUUUCAGAAAGUGGAAGGAGUCUGGCGGAAACCUCAGCUUGCCUAGUGACGUGACUUUGGCAGUGUUUGUGGUGGGGGCCCAGGACCCCGAAGGCUGGGAUUUUCUUUACAGUAAAUAUCAGACUUCUUUGUCCAGUACUGAGAAAAGCCAAAUUGAAUUUGCCCUCUGCACCAGCCAACAGAAGGAGAAACUUCAGUGGCUCUUAGACCAAAGUUUAAAGGGAGAUAUAAUAAAAACUCAGGAGUUUCCACAUAUUCUUCUAUUCGUUGGCAGAAACCCGAUGGGCUAUGAAUUAGCCUGGCAGUUUCUCAGAGAAAAUUGGAAUAAGCUCAUACAAAAGUUUGGACUUGGCUCAGCUUCCUUAUCUCAAAUGGUAAUGGGAACAACAAAUCAAUUUUCUACAAGAAACCGUCUUGAAGAGGUAAAAGAAUUCUUCAGCUCUUUGAAAGAAAAUGGUUCUCAGCUCCGUUGUGUUCAACAAACGAUCGAAACCAUCGAGGAAAACAUCCGUUGGAUGGACAAGAAUUUUGAUAAAAUCAGAAUCUGGCUGCAAAGUGAAAACCUUGGACUGCCGUGACAGUUUCUGGCCAAGUUCCUGGUGCUGUAUCGUCGCCAAAAUCUUGUUCAAUUUGAGUAUCUCCAAACUAAAGACAGUUGAUUUGAUGCCCCCCCCCCCCGCCCUUGAAGACCCGUCUUUUCACCUGACUGCGUUUGACCACUUCUAUAAAGAGAUAGGCUGUUAUUCUUUCCACUGGCAGGUGUUGCCCUGCAUGUUAGCCGGGUGCUGGGUCCCACAUGCAUUUUAUCUCUUGCGCUUCAGCCCUGCAGUACAGAAACCCCUGUCGUUCAUGAGCAGCUCCAUCAAUGUGCCCGCAAGCUGUCGUUCAUAAGCAGUUCUUCCAUCAGUGUCUCCCCAAGACUUUGGAUGGUGAGGUUGGAUCAAUAGCUGAGCCAGAACAGGGCUGCUAGAGCGGUCAGGCCCGCUGUCCACCGCCUUCUCUUCCCAGCUUCUGCCUGCCUUGCAGAGCUAGCACAGCCAAGAAACACGUGAAGGGAUUUAUUUGUUCCCAUGUGGCCAGCCUCAGGCUGGUCUCCACUGGAAAUCUUAGUUCCUGGGAGAUGACUCUUCUGCCCACAGUCCAUGGCAAGUCUCUCUCUGGGCUCUGCUAACACUUUCCUAGCAUGCACCAGGACUAGGGCCGUAACAGAAAGCUGAUGGCAUCAAUCGUGGCAGUAUUGUGUUUCCUUUACACCUAGCCUGGAACCAUUGUAACAACAACAACAACAACAAAAUAAUCAGGGCUGGACAGAUGGCUUAGCGGUUAAGGCGUUUGCCUGCAAAGCCAAAGGACCUAGGUUUGAUUCCCCAGAACUCACGUAAGCCAG